GGAAGCUAACGGUGUGUCUCGGCUCUUGGACCGGCUCGGCUCGGUUUCCCCGGUGACCCUUGCGUGCAUGUGAUAUCGUGACACGCUUGUGUCCACACGGAGACAUGAACGGGAGCACCAACCCGCUGCUGGACAAGGAGGAACACGUACUGAAGCUCGGGGAAAGUUUCGAGAAGAGGCCGAAGUCCUCGUUCCACACCAUCAGAUACGACUUCAAACCAGCGUCGAUCGACACGAGCUGCGAGGGGGAGCUGCAGGUCGGGAAAGGAGAUGAAGUCACCAUCACGUUACCACACAUUCCGGGCUCCACGCCGCCCAUGACGGUUUUCAAAGGGAACAAGCGGCCGUACCAGAAGGACUGCGUGCUCAUCAUCAACCACGACACCGGCGAGUUCGUCCUGGAGAAGCUGAGCAGCAGCAUCCAGGUCAAGAAAACCAGGGCCGAGGGCAGCAGUAAGAUCCAGGCCCGGAUCGAGCAGCAGUCGGUCCGGUCCUCUCAGCCCAACUCUCAGUUCCGAGCGCCCACGAAGCCGGGGGCCGGGGCCAAGGCGUCUCCGUCCCCCUCGAAGGACAACCCCUCCCCUGAGCCUCAGCUCGAUGACAUCAAAAGAGAGCUGCGAGCCGAGGUGGACGUGAUCGAGCAGAUGAGCAGCAGCGGCAGCAGCUCCUCGGACUCGGCGAGCGCGUCGGGCAGCGGCGACGACAGCAGCAGCGACGGCGAGCACGAACCCCCCCGACCGCUCAGCCAGACCUCGCCCAGCCGCCUGCCAGUGGCCAACGGGGGGGCGGAGCGGCAGCAGGGCAGCAACCAGCUCAUGAACACGCUCAGAAACGACCUCCAGCUCAGCGAGUCGGGCAGCGACAGCGAUGACGACUGAACGCUGGUCGCUCUCUCGCUCUGUCCGCACUCCUCCUCUUCCUCCUCCUCCUCCUCCUCCUCCUGGUUCACUUGUUCCUUUGCUGUGGUAGCUGACCUAAGCCGUAUAUAUCUUGUUUUUUUUACUUUAUUUUAGUAAAUCCUCAACGCCGGUCAGCCUAGAACUUUAAGAGUGUAUUUUUAUUAGAUGUAUAUUUUGUCUUGUAAAGCUAAAACGUUAGAAAAAGAAACUUUUACUUGAGAGAUGUGGAAGAUUAUAUAUUAGAGUGCACAUACAUAUUUUCUGUACUUAGAGCAGCUACUUUUAUCUCUUGUAUCUUUGGGUUUAGUCUUCUUGGUGAAAGGAGGAGGAGCCUGACUGGGAGCAUCAUCCCUGACUCAUCUCCUCACAUCGAUCAUCAGAAGGUCGUGGGAAUCAUUUCACUUUGUGAAUGAGAAAAAAAUUAUCGAAAUAUCAUCUGCUAAUGUCGUAAACGUUGAGACGAGCUUUUCUUUACUUUCUGCUCAUUUUAAAAAUGAAUUUUAAAAUCAAAACCAACGUAAUAUCAGAUGACAUUCAUCAGAGGAAAACAGCUGCUGGUUAUUUUUACUUAUUGUCAAUGAAUUCUAUGAAAAGACCAAAACCAUCAGUGUCCCAGUGCUUUUCCUCACCUCCACACAGAACCCAGUAGAACCAGUAACUGCAUCAGAGCAAAGAUUCCACCAGUCACAGCCAUCGAUUCAUCACAGUUCAUGGAACGUGCAACAUUUGAAAAAAGGAAUAAAUCAAACAAAUUUCCUCCAAAGAACUUUUAAUUUCACUUUUCCCAAAACCACGACUCUUCAUUUUAUCGUUUGUCGUUUUGUGUCGUUUUAUUCAAACAGAGAAACAAGUUGUUGAUAUAAAACCGUUCGCUGCCUCCCGGCGUGAAUCCAGAAUCCUUCUAACCAGUGAAUGUGUCUCGUCCUGAAGAAGCCAAAGAGUUGAGCUCGUGCACACGUCAUCACGUGCACGGAGCCGGACCCGUUGAGCAGUGUUACAGAAUUUGUGUCGUUGUGUAUUUGUUCUAUCAGAGUUUGUGUUGUUGUGCUUUGACGAAGUGAAGUCAGUGAUCGUUUCCUUUGUCUGCAGCUGAACAUCGUUUAGUGUCAGAAACACGGCUGAAGAGUUUUAUCACAAAAACACGUUAACACUGAAUCAGGAGCAUAUAUCAGAACUGGAUCUGGUAAACAGACACAUUCUAAUUACAUCAUAUUCGUAUAUUUGUGUGUUUGUCAGUUUGCAGGAUUAAAUGAAAACUACUGGACUUAUUUUAUAAGUAUAGUCACAUGGAGGAGAACGGACGUGAGGAGGAGAAACAAUCUCCAGAUUCACACUGAAGCUUAAAACUCAUUUUAAUCAAGCUGCUUUUUCAAAAUUAAAAGUUCCUUAGUGUUGCUUUAAUAUUAAAACUCAUUCACACAAACACAUGACGCCGUCGUGAGUCGGUCGAAACCUCAGACUCUCAUGAUUUAUUGUUUUUGGCUGGUUAAAGAUUCAUUUGAGUUUAAAAUGAGAAGUGACACAAGUUUCAGUCUCAAAUAAAUGUAUAAUUUCUUCAUCCUCUGAUCAGCCACCGGUGUUUUUAUCUUCACUUCCAAAACCUCAGACGCAUUUAAAACAUUUGCUGGCAAGGAAAUGAAAUAGAUGUAAAAAAAAAAUAGAUCUUUGUUCGAUUUAACCCCUUUUACCCUUUUGUUAAUAUAUUAACUUUUAAUGCUAACGUGUGAUUUUGAAAUGAAACUCUUCAGCUGCUAUCGUCUCCCAGGAUUCCACAGUGUUUUUAGAGCUUUGCCGUGUUUCUCAGAAGGUUCGAGCUGGUGACUCCGGACCCAGAUGAUUGUUAGUAACAGGAUCAGAACUCAGAGCUGAGAGUCAGAUCUCCAGCUUCUCUGAUCCUGGAACCGUUGAUGUAUUUCUUCUGUUACGUGAGAAACUGUCGAUGUUUAGAUUUUGUCCUCCUGAACCCCCCCCCGGUCAUGGAUCAGCUGUCUCACAGACUCUGGUGUAUCUGGUGCUGUAGUUGUCAUGUUUUUGUUUUAGUGAAAUGUUUAUCGGAAAUAAGUUUGUACAAAUUUGAAGUGUAUUAAAAUGCAAUUGAUUAACGUUU